AAGCACGAAACGCGCCUCAACGUCCACGGCGUAGCCAGGAACGUUGGAGGACGCAAGGCUGUUCGGACACAGUUCAAGCGAUCGGCCUCCGGCAUCCCAAGCCUUGGCCUGGCGGGCCGCCAGUAUCAGAAGAGUUUCAGCUUCAUGGACCAGGGUCCUGAUGGGGCAGGGAAGCGAUGGUGGAACAGGGUGUAUGACGUGGCGAUACAGCUCAAGCAGUCGAUGACCCAGCCGCCGGAGGACAGGCGGAGGCCGAUCCUCACCGUGGAGCUGCGAGC